AUGGCUAGUGAAGAUACAGAACCCACACAAGAACAGAGGGAUCCAUUUGGUAUCGACCGGCUUUGCGUGGACUAUGAUUACCUGCUGUACAAGAUUCAUGACUACGUAUCGUCUAUCCAAUUGAGAACAAUUGAGAUAUGCGAACAGCAGAACCGCUUGAUAGAGCAGGGCAUAAUCGAACAAGUGAUUGACAAAAACGUCAAUGAGCUUAAAAAAGUGCUUGCCAAAUGUGACGACCUGGAAGCACACUUCGACAUGCUUGACCAGCUCGAUGGCAUCGUGGAGUCGUUCGAGCCACGACUGCAAAAAGUCAUUGCAGACCACAGAGAUCUCAGCAAGCGAUGA